CGCAUGCGCAGAAGUACCUGAUUUAGCCGCUGUAUUUCCUGCUUGCUGUUGCAACUCGAAGCGAUGGCAGAAGUGAAGGCUUCCCUGAUUUCUGGAGUUAUAGCGGUUUUCCUAAGUUCAGCGGUGCUUGCAUUUGUUGAGGACCUAGAUGACACUUUUAAAGACACCAGAGUGAACGACAUCUGGCUGGUUGAUUUCUACGCGCCGUGGUGCGGCUACUGUAAAAAGCUAGAGCCAGUAUGGUACGACGUGGGAGUGGAGCUGAAAAGCUCCGGGUCGCCGGUCCGUGUGGGAAAGAUGGACGCCACCGCGUACUCUGGAAUGGCGUCGGAGUUCGGCGUUCGCGGUUACCCCACGAUAAAACUGUUAAAGGGCGAUCUCGCCUAUAAUUACAAGGGGCCGAGGACAAAAGACGACAUCGUGGAGUUUGCCAACAGGGUGUCGGGACCGGCCGUCCGAGCGCUUCCCAGCAAGCAGAUGUUCGAGCACAUGAUGAAACGACACGACGUGCUGUUCGUGUACGUCGGCGGGGAGUCUCCCCUCAAAGAGAAGUACAACGACGUCGCCUCCGAGCUCAUCGUCUACACUUACUUCUUCUCGGCUUCAGAGGAAGUCUUGCCAGAGUCGGUAUCUUUGCCAGAACUUCCUGCGGUUGUAGUCUUUAAGGACGGAGCCUUCUUCACCUACGACGAGUAUGAGGACGGCAGUUUGUCAUCGUGGGUGAACAAGGAGCGCUUCCAAGGGUACCUGCAGAUCGAUGGCUUCACGCUCUAUGAGCUCGGGGAAACAGGCAAAUUGGUGGCGAUUGCAGUCAUCGACGAGAAGGACCCCACAGAGAAGAGUGGCAGAUUAAAGAGCUUGAUUCAGAGGGUGGCGAAGGAGUACAGAGAACAUUUUAACAGAGAUUUCCAGUUUGGCCACAUGGAUGGGAAUGACUACAUUAACAGCCUCAUUAUGGGCGAGGUGACGGUGCCCUCUGUCGUCAUCCUCAACACAUCCAACGAGCAGUACUUCCUGCCCAGCGAGCCGACGGACACCCUGGAGCAGCUGGUCCAAUUCAUCAGCAGCGUUUUGAACGGCUCUGCACAGGCAUAUGGAGGCGAUGGCAUCAUUCAGAGGAUCAAACGUGUGGCCUUUGAUGCCAGAUCCACCAUUAUGUCAGUGUUUCGCAGCUCUCCACUGCUGGGCUGCUUCCUGUUCGGCCUACCGCUGGGUGUAAUUAGCCUGAUGUGCUACGGCAUCUGCACAGCUGAGUCAGAUGACGGUUCGGAUGACAUAGAUGCGCUCAAGAGGGAGGGCCUGACUGACGAAGAGGAGGAAGAGGAGGAGGAGAGGCAACGCGCCGCUGAGCUGGAGGGCCCCGAAGAGGGAGAGAACGAGGAAGAGGACGCUGGAGAGAAGAAUCCUGGGGAGAAGAAAACAGAUUAACGCAGGGGCUCCACAUAGAGGAUGAUAGGCCUAGUCAAAUGCAGUGAAAUGAAACUCAAAGACAUAUCAAUGUAUUACUGUUCUGCUUUGGUUUUCAUCUCACUUCCCAUCAAAGCCCCUCUAGCACAGACUCUCCUAUCUACGAGUUGAGUGUAAGGUCAGCUGCUCAGUGAAGCCAUCGAAUCACGUUUAAAACUAACAGCCUUUCCAGUGACGGAGUGUAAACACGGGAUAAUAACUUUAUUUGUAUCGCACUUUUCAAAACAAAGUUACAAGAGGAAGAAGUUACAAAGUUGCUUCACAGAGCGAUGGAAUAACGAAAGAUUAAUAUGAAUAAAAACGUAGCGUAGAAACAUUAAGUUACAAUAAAUAUCACAAAAAAGAAAGACAGGAAGUAGAUUGUUAAAAACAUUAAAAAGUCGAGUACCUGUCGCCUCUAGUCACUAACCUCGACCAUGUUACGAGAAGAAGGGAUGGCUGUGAACCAAACAUACACACUUAUUUAUUAUGAUUCAACCAACCAGUGGUCUGUUCCACGUGUGACCCUUUCUCUGACAUCGUUAGGUCGUUCUUCUUUUUAUUGUCACAUCCCGCUCUCUUCUGGUUUUUAUUUUAGUCUACUUUGCUAUAAUAUCCUACAGUAGUAGAAACCGAUGAAUCUUGCUUUCAAAUUGAAUAGAACAUAAAUACACUGAGAGAUUUUGUAUACCUCUACCCCACCCGACCCAAAGUGUAGGCUCAUCAUGUAUAGUGAUUGAUGUGUGUAGAAAGCAUAGGGAAGUGCCCAAGAAGGAAAAUCUGCCAUAAAUGAAUUGUGCUUUUUAUUUUUUCUUCUUUUUUUUUCUCUAUUGUCUGAUAUUGCCUGAAAAAAUAUUUCUUCUUCUUUCUCUUUAGGGGUGCAAAGUGUCAAGACAGUCACGCAUUUCAACUUAUUUCUCACGCCAGCCACCUGUUAGUGUCCAUUUAUGGCAACAGCUGAUGGGGGGGGAAAAAAGCUGGAAUGGUAAUUGGUAUCAGUCUGUCUGGUACUGGAAUAUGGCACUUUUCUUUCUUAUUUUUAUUUUUUUACCCAUUUCAACCCAACAUGACCAACCUGCGAAAGAUUCUUAUUUAUAGAUGGGUUGUACCUAUACAGCAGAAUCCUAUAACAUGCAUCAGUAGCUCCUGCUGCUCUUAACAACUCAUAUUCCUCAGAUAGACUGACUCUGUCUGUUUCCAUAUUUCAGUCUGUCCUCCAUCACUGGUUUCUAUAUUGAAUUCAGUUGGCAGGUUGACGUUUACAUCCUGAUGCACUGAGACAUAUACUAAGCACACAAAAUAUUAGGACUGUCUUCCUACUCCUGAGUUCUGCCCCUUUUUUGUUACAGUACCACUAUUGUCAGUCGGCUACAGGCUUAGAAAUCCUUCCCUAUCCUAUUUUCAUACCCUCGUGACCAAAGUGUAUGUAAUAGCAGAAAUCAAGUAAAGGUUAUUGCUUUCUCUUCAAUUUACCUGGCCGCUUAUUUCAUGGGAAAAAAAAAAAAAGUGUUCCUAAUAUCUGCUACAGCGAGCUUGAUACCAUUUUGAUGAAAAAUGCACAGUUGGAUUUGGGGCCAGUGGUGCUUCAGUGGCAGCUCCGGCAACUUAGAGCACCUGAAAACAUGUUUUUAUUAUCUUUAUAGGCUAAUGUGUAAAAUUAAAUGUCUUGUGUUAAAUUAUCAGAUUUGAUUGACAUUGGAAUUUCCGUAGCAACGAAAGCCAAUUUCCCAACAGCCGUGGUUAGAUUUUACCCUUGAUUGGUGCAUGGGAAUACCUGAUAUUGCCUUUUUUUUCCGAUCAAAACGAACUGUUGAGAAGAGCACUGUCUAAACACUGAUUUAAUUUAAAGCAAUUGUGAGGAAUACGCUUUUUCACUUGCUGAGAAUUAGAUGAUAAAGUUAAUGCCACUCUCAUGUCUGUAAGAAGCCAGUUUCCUCUUUAGUUUUUGUACAGAUUAAAGGAGCUAUUGUACGUUCUGCUAUCGCUACCAGAGCUAGCAUUAGCAUUAACAGCUGUUUACUUAUCGGUCUAGGAGAAACGUUGCAAGUUCAGUGUCAAAUUUCAUUCCUUUAUUCACCUCUAGCGGUGGAAAGCAACGCCAAUGUCAACUCUUGUUUAGCUUCUGGUUUGAUCACUUCUUCUGCUGAAGUUAGCAUGCUAACCAGCUAGCCCCGUGCCAUCUCAUCACUUUCCGAUACCGAGUCACUGUGGCGUCCUGUCUGCCCUGAAGAAGAAGCGCUGCUCAGAGGGCGUUUUAUACGCUCUUGUAUAUUAACGCAAUGAUGACUGAAGCUCUCGGCAAGUGACCAUCAGCUGAUUGGCCGCUCGCUCUAGUUUCAUAAAAAACUGCAGACAUGAGAGUGGUGGCGAUCUUCCAUAAAUUUAAUGUACAGAGCUCCGAAGUUAAGUAUACGCUUGAAAAGAGUAAAAGAGGAUAUGUAUCAAGGGAACUAUCAAUACAUGGUGAUGACCGAGCGUCAAAGUUCAUUCUUGACCUUGGGAACAGUUAACAGAGUAAUCCUGACUCAAGAGGUUGACUUCUUAGCUUUUUCCUGAGCUUUCAACCACACGUCAAGUAGUGACAGCUGAGCAGACGACUAAGCAGACCUCGAGUUCAGAUAAUUUUCAAAUGGUUAUGAAUGUUUUGAGCUGUUUAUUAUAUAUAUUUGAGUAAAAGCAAUCCCUAAUCCUUACCCCAGUUCUAUAACCUUUUUACAAAGUGUAGCCGAGGAAUAAGAUGGUUUCAGGUUUCGUUUUUCAGUGGUACUCAUUUCAUUGUGCUUUUGCAGCUCUUGUAACUUGAUUGACUUAGGCACCUCAACCUAAGCACACCUGUUUUUUUUUUUUGUUUUGUUUUUUUUUUAUAUAUACAGAGGUUAUCUGUAUUAUUACUGUGAAACUGCACUAAAGGAAACCAUGCCCUCGUCUUGCCUUCUGGUCUUUGUAGUUGCCUAUCAUUCUCUGCCAAACUUCCUCUUUGGGUUUGAAUUGAGAGUGUCACACUUUAUUACAGGUUUGAAAGAUUGAAAUAAAGAUUGUCCUCUUUU